AGGCUAAAUGUCGGCGCGGCCUGUGUCCCGCAUGCUGCGGAGAGUCCUGAGGACCAGCACCUGGAGCUGCAGCUCCGAGGCUCCGGUGACGCAGCCCCGUCCCGGGAAGUCCACCCAACCUGCCCCUACGGAGCUGUCCAGGCGGAGGCAGUUCCUGAGGGAGCACGCUGCCCCCUUCUCCGCCUUCCUCACCGACAGCUUUGGCCGCCAGCACAGCUACCUGCGAAUCUCCCUCACAGAGAAGUGCAACCUCAGAUGUCAAUACUGCAUGCCUGAGGAGGGGGUCCCACUGACCCCUAAGGCUGACCUACUGACCACCGAAGAGGUCCUGGCUCUUGCACGGCUCUUCGUGAAAGAAGGCGUGGACAAGAUCCGGCUCACAGGUGGGGAGCCGCUCAUCCGGCCUGACGUUGUGGACAUCGUGGCCAAGCUCCACCAACUGGAAGGGCUGAGGACCAUCGGCAUCACCACCAAUGGUAUCAGCCUCGCCCGGCUGCUGCCCCAGCUUCAGAAGGCUGGUCUCAAUGCCAUCAACAUCAGUCUGGACACCCUGGUGCCAGCCAAGUUUGAGUUUAUCGUCCGCAGGAGAGGCUUCCACAAGGUCAUGGAGGGCAUCCAUAAGGCCAUUGAGCUGGGCUACAACCCUGUGAAGGUGAACUGUGUGGUGAUGCGAGGCCUAAACGAGGAUGAACUCCUGGACUUUGUGGCCUUGACUGAGGGGCUCCCCCUGGAUGUACGCUUCAUAGAGUACAUGCCCUUUGAUGGCAACAAGUGGAACUUCAAGAAGAUGGUCAGCUACAAGGAGAUGUUGGACACGGUGCGGCAGCGGUGGCCUGAGCUGGAGAAGCUGCCGGAGGAGGAAUCCAGCACAGCCAAGACCUUUAAGAUCCCUGGCUUCCGAGGCCAGAUCAGCUUCAUCACGUCCAUGUCUGAGCAUUUCUGUGGGACCUGCAACAGGCUGCGAAUCACAGCUGAUGGGAAUCUCAAGGUCUGCCUUUUUGGGAACUCAGAGGUAUCUCUACGGGAUCACCUGCGAAUGGGGGCCUCCGAAGAAGAGCUGCUAAGAAUCAUUGGGGCUGCCGUGGGCAGGAAGAAGCGGCAGCAUGCAGGCAUGUUCAGUAUUUCCCAGAUGAAGAACCGGCCCAUGAUCCUCAUCGAGUUAUCUUUGAUGCACCGAGAUUCCCCACCAGCCAUCCCAAGCAUUUCUUCCUGGGACUCCCUCCAUGUUCAAAAUCUGAGACCCAGAAUGAGUUUCUUCAACCAGAUGGUGACUUCAUGGAAAGGAUGCAGGGUCUCCCAAACCCCUCUCCUAGCCCAGCAAUGGCUGGGAUCGGGCUUCCUUCAAAGACACUACAGCUCCCUCCAAGACUCAGCCACCAACCCAAAGUGCCUUAGCCCAGGGUCCCAGGCUCCUGCGACCCACUCAGGACCCCUGCCACCCUCGGACAAACUAACCCAUGUGGACACAGAAGGACGGGCAGCUAUGGUAGAUGUGGGUGGGAAGCCAAACACAGAGCGGGUGGCCGUGGCCUCAGCUGUUGUCCUUCUUGGGCCUGUGGCCUUCCAGCUCAUCCAGCAGAACCAGCUAAAGAAGGGAGAUGCCCUGGUGGUAGCCCAGCUAGCUGGAGUCCAGGCAGCCAAGAUGACCAGCCAGCUGAUUCCUCUGUGCCACCACGUGGCCCUGAGCCACGUCCAGGUGCAGUUGGAGCUGGACAGCAUGCGCCAUGCUGUGGUGAUCCAGGCAUCGUGCCGAGCUCGGGGCCCUACAGGGGUAGAGAUGGAGGCCCUGACUUCGGCUGCGGUGGCUGCCCUUACCAUGUACGACAUGUGCAAGGCAGUGAGCAGGGACAUCGUGCUGGAAGAGAUCAAGCUCGUUAGCAAGACUGGGGGUCAGCGGGGGGACUUCCACCGGACUUAG